GAGAGGGGAGGGGUUGUAUAAAAGAUGCAGAGCUGUCCUUCUUGUGCUCACAUUGAAACAAAGUCUUGAUUUAUCUUCCGUGUCUGUUUUUGGUUUCAAGGAGCGUCAAAGAGGGGCUUUCAAGUUUCUGGUCUUAUUUGUAUUCUUUAAGAGAGAGAGAGAGAGAGACCCUUCCAGCCCUCUUUAGCCCCUUGCCAUUACCUCCUGGGCACUGGUGCAGGAAAGGGCAUAGGUUAAGGAGAUGCACCCACCGGUUAUAUGGAUAGAUGUCGCAACAGAGCCCCUUUCUUCCACCCAAGCGAGUUUUCUGAAACGCACAUUGCAAUGAAAACCACGAUAGGCGCCUGAGGGGGAGACUCUCCGCUCUGUUUUGGAGUCACUGAAAGCGCUGGGAAGAGAUCUCACACACCUCUGCAGGUGCCAGAAGCACAACGCAGCUUGGAGUCAUGCGCUGCUUCUGAUCUGGCAGAAGCUCUCCAAGGCAAAAGCAGCCACCGCUAGCCUUGCUGCCCCGGGUCCAGGGAGAGGAAACCAAUGAGUUGGGCAGAAAAGCCGGAGCUCUAAGCAGCAGCAGCAGCAGCAGUUGCUGCAGCUGAUUCAGUCCACAAAGUCAGUCUUGCUGAGCGCACGAGGAUCCAGGACUUGCCUUCCACAGAAAAGACAGGUCAAAGCAAUGAUGAAGACUAUGUCCAGUGGGAACUGCACCUUGGAUGUUCCAGCCAAGAACUCUUACCGCAUGGUUGUUCUUGGAGCCUCCAAGGUAGGCAAAAGCUCCAUCGUCUCACGGUUUCUCAAUGGCCGCUUUGAGGACCAGUACACGCCUACCAUUGAGGAUUUUCACCGCAAGGUCUACAACAUUCGUGGUGACAUGUAUCAGCUAGACAUCCUGGAUACUUCUGGGAAUCAUCCUUUCCCUGCCAUGAGAAGACUUUCCAUACUCACAGGAGAUGUUUUCAUCCUAGUCUUCAGUUUGGACAACAGAGAAUCCUUCGAUGAGGUCAAGAGACUCCGGAAGCAGAUCCUUGAAGUUAAAUCUUGCCUGAAAAACAAGACCAAGGAAACAGCUGAUCUUCCCAUGGUGAUCUGUGGCAACAAGAACGAUCACAGUGAACUGUAUCGCCAGGUGCAUUCUGAUGAAGCUGAGAAACUUGUUUCUAGCGAUGAGAACUGUGCUUACUUUGAAGUUUCAGCCAAAAAGAACACUAAUGUGAAUGAGAUGUUCUACGUCCUCUUCAGCAUGGCCAAGCUGCCUCAUGAGAUGAGUCCUGCCCUCCACAGAAAGAUCUCUGUCCAGUAUAGUGAUGCCUUCCACCAAAAGUCCUUUAAGAUGAACAGGGUCAAAGAGACUGAUGCCUAUGGCAUGAUCUCCCCGUUUGCUCGCAGACCCAGUGUCAAUAGCGACUUGAAAUACAUCAAAUCCAAAGUUCUCAGAGAAGGACAAACAAGGGAAAGAGAAAAAUGCACAAUCCAAUGAAAAAUGGUUUAGACAGUGUGUUUAUGGAGUGCAUGUGCAGUGCCUUAAAGAAAAUGGGCAGUUGGGCAAAGUUCUUAAUGGAUUCACAGAACCCAAGUGGUGACAAUGUAUCACAGUCAUGAGGCUCAGGCUUCAACUUACUUGGCAAACAAUGCCACACUGCUAAUAUAAAGAAGUAAUUUAAAGGGUAGCACUGUAAAUACUUGAAGAUUCCAGGUAAGAGUACCUGCCCUGUGACUAGAUCCUUCAUCUUUGGUUCAUCUCUCUUCUGGAGAGUCUUGUUGUACAAAGAAGGCCAAAGCUCAGGAUCUGGCCUGCAUCUGUUGGCUAAGUUCCCAUCAUAUAGAAUGCUCUUUGCCGACAAGGAGAAAUAUCUGUAUCAUUUUCCUCCAGUACUCUUCAGACAUAAGACUCACAGUUCAGCUUCUUAUCUUGGGGCAAUUAUCUUGGGGCAACUCCCAGGACAAUUCUGUAACAAGUGGUAUGGAUCUGAUUUGUCAAUAAGUGGAUCUGUCUGUCCUUUUUUGAAAUAGUUUGUUAAGUAGUCGGGAAAAAUGCACUUUUUUGUGGCAGUGGCAAUUUUUCAUAGCCUCAGUGCAGAUGUCGCUUGGUAUCAUAGCUUUCAUUCUGCUUUUGUUUUCCAAGCAAAACCAGAUGGCAAAUUGUCUGUUUUAACUGAAAUCUGAGUUAAUUUGCUAGUGGAAUCUGGAAACACCAACUGUUUUCCCUUUUGAUUAUGAGUAAUUGAAAUUGUCUUACUGAAAAAAAAAGGCACACCUUAUGGUAUCAUGUGAUUUUGUUUCAUAUGAUUUUCUGUUAUCUAGCCUUGGGAUAUUUUAUUAUAUAUACACUCCAAAUUCUCAUGCCUCCAACAACCAUACUACACUCUGUAUUAUGCUCUGUAUUAUGUUGAGUAUCCACAGCGGAUAUACAACACCAGUUCUCACACUGUCUCCAGCAUCCCACACCAACUUUCACACUGAUUCCAAUCCAGAACAGAUUUAUUUGGAAAUGGAACUUACCUGAGGGUAAGUCCUGUUGGGACUUAUUACUGAGUAAACACAUAUGCGACUAGACUGUGAGUAGAUCCAACAUAAAUAUUUUCAAAUAGCCGAGGAACCUCUGGCACUGGGGGCUCUCUCAACUACUCAAAUAGUAAGGCACCAAGUUUUGUUUAGAUGUUGCUGUCUUCCAGGGUCUAAUGGUGAGAGUUUCAUUUUAUGAAUGUAAAAGAUCUAGACUUAGUUGCCCUGUCAAUCUGAUUCAUUUCUUCGCAGCAGCAUUCCUACUGAGAAGAAGAAAAACAGAAAGAGACCCAAUUCAUCAUUAAAAUCCAAUUUGAGAUUUUAUGUGUGGCCUGACAUAGUUCUUGAGAUCUGUGGUAUUUCCCCGUCCUCCCUCCUUUACAACAGCUACUUUCCCCCUUGAGCCUGGGAUAGCUCUCUGCUCAUAACAGAUAAUCAUCUGAGUGGAUUAAGUGGUUUCAUAUGCCUGAGCUACACUGCGAGGGAUUGUGCCUAUGCACUAGAACAGAGAGCCAUUUCAAGUAGGAAGUGGGAUUGAACCGCAUGAACUAGCUUACCGAUUUCUUAUGCUCAACUAGAAGUCCCCUGCCUGAAACUCUAUACUUAAAAAAAAAAACCACCGUGGUGUGCUGGGGCAACUUUGUGCACUGAAAAUAGACAUUAAAAAUUACCUCAGACAUGAAUGUGUAUUGUUUUGUGUGGGUAUGUAUGCAUCUGUGUGUAUAGCUGAGAGGGAAAGUUUUCAGACUCGGUAGUUCUGCUGACACUGUACAUAAUGUGUGUUAAAGAUAUUUCAUACCAGUUCUUGAAUAUAUUACAACUCUAUGUUAUAUUAUACCUCAUAGUCUGUAUAUAUAUGUAUAAAUAUCAGCUUGUGCACUGGUUGAAGUUGCAAGACAGACUGGUACUGAAUGAAUGUUUAACCUGCAAUCUGACAGGUGACAAAAGAUUAGUGGUAACUUUAUGUCUAUGAAAAAUUCUAUGAUAGACAGAAUUCUCUCCCUCCUUCAUCUUCCUACACAGCCUCCCUUACUUUCAGUAUAAAAUUUCCAGUGCCAUGGCAACCUUCUAUAUUAUUUUCAAGUGACUCAGACUUUGUAUAAAUAUUAUACUGUUUCUGAAUAAAACUGAUUUAUUUA